AUGGCGGAGGAGCUCAGCCCCACUUCACGUGGCAUGCUGCAGCCACAACACAGCAAAGACAAGCAAACAGCAAAAGGGAGAAAGAGGGCGAACCAUGGCACAAGCAAUACCCUUGCCACUCCACCCAAACACACCCAGGAGUUCUUUGACCGACUCUGCUCCAGUUUAUGGUCACAACUCCGGCAUAAGGUUCGGCCCUUUAAAGAAGCAGUCCAAGUAAUAGCAUUAUGGGUCCGACCAGCUACCAGGCGGCAACUUUCUAUGUACCCACAGCGAGCCCCCAGUGCGGCCUCCAGAAGGGGACGAAGGCAGAGAGCAAAGCAACGAGUGGCGAUGGAUUGCCCCUCGGUCGCCAGCACUCUUCCUCUCAAGCGACCACAAGCGGCGGAGGAGGCCCCCGAACAAACGCCUGCACAGCCCCAACAAAGCCUCACCUCACACAGACAAGAUGGCAACCGAGCUCAAGCGAUGGCUCACAACCGGAAUGGCACAGCCGCUGCACAGGAGACAACCCCUACACAGAAAGCCGCGAACAGCUCACAGACCUACACUGAAAGCCUGCCGACCUCUGGUAUCGGGUAA